UGCUGCGGCCUGAUAGGGGAGGCCGCUCCGGCCCGCCCGGAACCCGCGCGCCGCCGCCGCGUUCCCCGGCGGGCCCGGAAGCGCCGGACCGGCGGCAGCUGAGGCGAGACUACGGCGGGACGUCGGCUACCGAGUGGAGGGGGUGGAGACAAGCUACAGUAACUAAAGUAAGAUACCUGUGGAUAUUAAUUUUGUUGUUAAAUUAAUUGGAAGCCUGAUAAUUGCCUUACCGGAAGUGAAUCCUUCAGCUUUACCACUAUGGCUCUGACUGUUACUUUGCUGAGCAGUGCUUUCAUACACAGUAGAUGCUGCAGGCACAGAGUCUUGUAUCCUUUUCUUGGACCUCUCCUCACUGAUUCUGUGUCAAAAUUGUACAGCAGCUACAGGAGGCCAGGGUCACUGCCGGAAAAAACACCGUCUUGGCAAAAGUUUGAUUUCAGUUUCAAGAAGGGAGUAGAUGUCUUAAAGACUCAACUAGGAUUGCUGAAGAAGGAGACUAAAGAUCAUUUAAUAGGACCUGAAGGCCGCCCACUCAAUGAGUACAUGUUAGAACAAACAAGGGUGGUGUGGGUAUUUCGGAGCCAAGAAGAUUUAAAUAAAUGGGUAAUUUCCUCUGACGUAGAGAUCGGAGGGAAAAGUGAAGUCUACUUAAAAUUGGGUAGGAAUAACCAGGCUGCUCUGCUAUAUGGGACCCUCAAUACUGAAGUACCUCGUGAUGGGGAGACAAAAUACAGUGGAUACUGUAGUAUGAGAUCCAAACCACUAGUGGGAUCUUUUGCUAAGAAGAAAUAUUAUGACUGGUCAAACUUCAAUAGUCUGUAUUUACGUGUCCGUGGUGAUGGCAGACCUUGGAUGGUAAACAUUUCUACAGACCCCUACUUCUCCCAUCACAAAGAUGAUCUGUACAACUACUUCAUGUUCACCAGAGGAGGGCCAUACUGGGAAGAAAUAAAGAUUCCAUUCUCCAAAUUCUUUCUCUCCAGUCGAGGAAGAAUCCAGGAUGACCAGCAUCCUCUCUGGUUAGACAAGAUUAGUACCCUUGGAUUCACACUGGGAGAUAAAGUAGAUGGGCCAUUCCAGCUGGAGAUUGAUUUUAUUGGCCUGAUCAAUGACAGAGCUCAUACAGAAGAAUUUGCAUAUGAGACAUAUGAAAGGAAUCCUCGAGUCUAAGAUGUCUUGGUGUCCUUUGGAGUAUACUUCAGCUGCUUAAUUUUUAACUCUCCUUAAACUAUGAGUUAUAACAAUUUGAAGAUUAUAUAAAUACUAAAAAGUUAAAUGCAUGAACUGUUGUCUGUAGUAAUCUGACCCUAACCCUGGUGUUGGCAUCUUCUAGCUGCCAAACGCCAAAUCCUAGAGAGACUGUACAUGCAUGGACUGGAAUGGAACAUUGCCUGAGACAAGUUUUGAUACACAUUUACAAAGUAGUAACUGUUGACUGUAAAAGGUGGCUUCUAUCUGACCCUUACAGAAAAUAAAACCAAUUUGUGA